AUGCGAAUCGACAAGAUGGACAACAUAUGGGUGUAUGACAAUCCAACACCUCUAACGUUUCAUAAUGAAACUUUCUCACCACGAAUGAUGAGUGUGCCAUCACUCAGCUGCCUCAUGUCCGUCUUCCAUUGCUUCGAGAAGGGCGUAAAGAUUGGCUUUGGUGGAGGCUGUCCUGGCGUUACAGGUGCAGAGCAUGAGUCAAUCUCCAUGGCGAGUCGCUGGCGUGCCUUUUGGUCAAAAAUCCAUAGCGUUUUGUGCAACCUGACACAGGUCUUGAUGAUAUCCGACGCCGGAGAUGUGAUCCAGUCAGUGAUUGCUGAAACCUUGCCAGGGACUGCCAAGGUUUCACAGGCAAUCACUGACCUAUGUGAAUCAGGGAAUCACCUUGCAACUGAAUCAGUCAGGCAGUGGAGCUUCCAUGACCUACUCUUGGCUGGUCCGGAAAGCCGAAAACGUCGAGCUCCUUCUCAG